AUGGCAAAUCUUUCGAUCCCAUCAAAGGCGAGUGGAAUGCGCUCCUCGUUUUUUUCGAUUCCGGAAAUGCUUGGCACGUUCGGCGGCUCCCCGUUGUUUUCGUCUUCAUUCCAACAAAUUCGCGGGUUAAAGGUCGGUGUUUCCAUCACUCGUCGCUGUGAAAAUUGCUACAUCGUUGUGCGGAAUGGAAUUAGAUAUGUUUAUUGCAAAGUCAAUCGCCGUCAUAAGCGUCGCCAAGGGUGA